GAGAGUCGAAGUAUGUUGUUGAAAAAAGUGAUGGCCCGAUGGCUCUCUAGCUUUUCUCUUUUUAAAUUGUACCCUUAUUUAUACAUACAACUGAGUAGCUUAUAUUGUAGUAAUUAUAUACAUGUAUGUUUUGGUGUCACAGAUGGGACACAAUUGAUACUGGUAAACAACUGCAAGGAAAAUGUAUGGCCGGGUAUUCUUGGCAAUGCAGGUCAGGAUUCUCCUAAGGAGGGAGGCUUUCUCCUUCCAAGCGGAGAAGAGGCGGAGAUCCAAGUCCCAAGUGGUUGGUCAGGGAGGAUCUGGGGAAGACAAGGGUGCAUAUUCGAUGACAAAACAGGCAGAGGAAGUUGCGAAACCGGCGACUGCGCAGGCCUUUUACAAUGCAAAGGUAUAGGAGGAGCCCUUCCUGCAACGCUAGUGGAAAUGACGCUUGGAACCUCACAGAAUCCGCUGCAUUUCUAUGAUGUGAGUUUGGUUGACGGAUUUAACCUUCCGGUGUCAAUGAGGGCGGUGGGGGGAAGCGGAGAGUGUGGUGUUGCGGCGUGUGAGGCAGAUUUGAAUGGUGUGUGCCCUGUAGCGCUUGUAUUGGAGAGGAAUGGGAAGGUUGUGGGGUGCAAAAGUGCGUGUUUGGGUGCAAGAACCCACAGGUAUUGCUGCAGUGGGGAAUAUGCUAACCCGGACAAGUGCAAGCCCACACUCUUUGCUCGAAUCUUCAAGGCUGCUUGUCCACAGGCUUAUAGCUAUGCUUAUGAUCACUCUUCAGCCCUCAAGACUUGUAAGGCACCUCGCUAUUCCAUUACAUUUUGCCCUCCCAAACCGUAGCUAUCUGUUUUUACUUUGAUUAUGGUUGACGGUGUUGUCACAUCUGAAACUCUGCUUUUCUAUUAAGUGCUCAUGUUAUAAUAAUAAGUUCAAAUCAAAUGUUAGGAAUUUUUUACUCUCUCUCAUA